AACCCCUAUGAUGAUUGUGGGCAAGCACAGUUCACACAAAACGAGUUGCACGAAACAAGAAGCUACAAACCAUUAAAACUUGAACCGUUACCAAGUGACAUGCAACAAUAUCUCGAUUCCUAUGAAGGAUUGAGCUUGACUGAAAAACUCAUGAGCCAAGCAGCCUUUCAUCUAAAGAGACAAGUAGAGGUCUACUGGGCCCACAAAGCAGUCAUGGAAGCCCUUGACUUAUUUCAUUACGAAUGGCUACCAAUGGAUGAAAAAACAACCAAGGCUGACGUGGUACGACGUGUAUUUUCUUUCAUUGAAAAAUGCUUCAAUGAAUCGGCAUUUACAAUCAUCAGCGGUAAAAAAGCUAGUAUCUCUUCUAGCGAAAGAAAAAACGCAACCAGGAGUAUCAUGGGUACAAAGACCGUUGAUCGCAAGGAUACCGGGCAUAAAGUAGAUGUGAUAAUAAGCUACUGCGAUCUUGAGUAUGGAUGUGCCGAAGCAGGUCUAAAAGGUGGAAGCACGUCCACGAAAUGGAUUAAUGAAUCCAAUAUCAAAGUACCACGACUCAUGAAAGACAUGCUCUGGCAAAUGCUGAAACCCAAUCCCACAGCCAUCAACAACGUCAUUGUUCCUGGCUUUGUUAUCAACAGGUUGAAUCUGAUGGUUGAAAUGAUGUCGAUUUCGAAGCAUUAUGUCUGUAUCGUGCAUAAGUUUGGUCCGAUGGCCUUCCCAGACCAGAUUGAAUCUUUUUAUAAGCAAUUGGUACCUCUGCUGGUAUUGACAUGGCAAACGAAAGCGGCCGUAAAAAAGACCUUAAAGGCCCUCAAGGAUGAUCAAACUGUUUUCAUCCCUACCCCUCAUACACCAACACCACCUUCCGUUAUACCACCUUGUCCACCAUCACCGCGACCAGUAAGCAAAGGCAAAAAGCGAAAAUCUCCCGAGGAAGAUGAUGACUAA